GGAAAAGACGUAUUUAUAUCGACUGUAGUUUACACGUAUGACGCUAGCUAGGAGGAGGGUACGAUGUAAGCGCUAACAGAGGUCUUGGUGUGUGUAUGUGACGCCAUAUCAAAGCUAUAAGUGACAAAAAUAGGCAUUUUAUUAUUCUAUCAAACGCAGGAACGACCGUAAAAUUAAACUUUAAACUCUCGAUAAUGGAACGUCGCCCUCCAGAGGGCAGUGGUGGUACCAGUGGUGGGUAGAUUAGACAAACAAUUUACUCAAGUAAGACAACUGUUACCUCACAAUAAUGCUGCUCAACUAAAAAGUCGUCCUCCAAGUAAUUACUUAAAGAUAUAAAGUGUAGGGGUGGGUAAAAUAUCGAUUAAUCACAACAAUAAUUAACUGAUCACAAUAUUCUUCACCCAGUUCAAUAUCGACUCAGGGAGUCCUCUGAAUUGAUUCACAGUCUGACCGCUGGAGGGCGCAUAAAAUCUACCUCUGCACACUUAGCUAUAGCCAGAAAUGAAGGUCAUGUGAUAGUUUUUUUAAAAAUUUUUAAGUGAUCUAUCACAAUUUCCAAGAGGUAAGAAAUAUUAUUGAAGUUUGCAAGCCCUUUCCUUUUUCAUGCACUCUGGUGUGAGUAGCCCAUCCCCCACCAUUUCAGAAUUUGAGCUGUGCAGUGACACGGUUGGCAGGAGAGCGACCGGUCAGCAGUCACAUUAUGUUAAUCGCCGUACCGUGGCCCAAGGUUGAACCCAGGCAGGCUUUCACCUGUCAUGGUGGGGUAAGGUCUCACUUGCUGGGACAGCUACCCUGUUUUUGUGCCAGCUAGCUAUCGAGCUCCCUCAGCAGCUGGCUAGCUCUCGUCAGCUUCAAUUCUGAAGGCCGAGGUGCUUGACUCUGCUAUGCUGUGGUUGUCCUGCUCCACCCUUGAACUCUUUUCCAUCUGCCUUGCAGUGGUUAAUCCUGCUUUACUUUCUCCCGCUCAUCUGUCGUCCAUCUCCAUCUCCAGCGUUGGCUCCUUCAUCCCUGCUGCUCCUCGGGCUCGGCUACCGGACACUUUUUCCAGUGAACGUUUUUCAUUUUGUCUUCAAAUCCGCUACGCUGGAUGGGAUGGACAUUUGCUCAUACACGCUAACCCCCCGUUACUGUUAUUGUUUCUGUUUAUUAUACCGUAUACUGUAAAGCGUCUUUAGGUGUCCAGAAAAACACUAUAGAUAUUGAUUCAUUGUAAUUUGAGUACUGAUAUUAUUAUGUCCCCACCCAUGAGUAAAUUGUUGUGUGUGCUUAUUUUAUGAUUAUAGUCCAAAGUUACUAUUAAAUUUUGAAGGCGAGCCUCCUCUAAUGUAAUUUACAUUACACAAGCUAUCAACAGUAGUGGUAUUUGAUUGACAGUUAACGGCUGAGCGUGGCGUGGUUUCAGCACAUUCAGUGGACACACCCACAGUGUUUCAGAGUGGCGAACCUGGCUUUAUUUGCCAUACUUUUUAAGUCUCCUUUUAUACAGUAUAUUUUACGAUGUAUUUUUUUAAUCAUUCAAAUUUGGCAACGUUGUUAAUAACACUCUUCUCUGUAGCGUGUCAAAUUUACAUGACAUUUAUUGUUUUUUGUUUGUUUCUUGCUUUACAGGGUCUUUAAAACUAAAAUUUGUCCCCUUUCUUGAGCCUUGGGUAGUAGAUACCGAUUUUACUUGGGAAAACUCUCACGGCACACGUGAUACCACCAAACAAAAAUGUCACAGAAAUGAUCGAUUGUGAAAUAAUGUUCCUCUCGUCUCAGUUGGGGCUCAUCUGUAUGGACUGGGUCUUUGGAUCUGGAGGGAAAGAUAUCGAGUCCCGCUGCAGCUAAAAAUGUAAAAAUGGCAACCGCUAUGUAUUUAUGUGAUUUAUAGCAUGAAGUUACAUCAAAGACACCCAGGAGUCGCAAUCAAGUGGAUUCAUAGCACCUGUAAUGUUUUAAUCGUUGUUUUAAAACUGGAAUCACACACAAAAUGGAUUUCAAUGUGCAGUACGGUUUUUAUUUUGAGACGAGAAACUAGUUAACCCAUAUGACGCUUGCUUGGAGCACAAGGAGGCCAUGUAAGCUCAAGCAGAGGUUUUGGGUGUACAGUCGACGACAAAUCUCAAUUUGUAAUCGACAAAAUAAUGAUUUUAUUAUUUGUAUUAAGCAGGGCAAUGAACACAAACGGACACUAAAACUCAAUGAUGGAAACCUGCCAUCUAGAGGAUGCUUUUGGUCAUAGUAACUUUGCUUGGGGAGAAAAAAAAUGCCGCCUUCUUAUUGGUCCAUUGCUUUCAGGUUGAGGUAUGGUGCGUUCAUAGGCAUCGGAGAUAAACUCUUGUAAAAGGCUGUCUUUUACGGUCGAAAAAACGAAGUGACGCCUUAACCAUGUUUAAAAACGCACCACACCUGAGCAUUUAUUAUUGCAACUAGUAAUUUAUCGAUGGGAUCUUGUUGAUUUGCCACUAAUAGCAAUACAACUCUUUUUUUCCGAGCUUUUGGGGAGCACAGGAAGACACCACUGUUACUGAUCGUUGCACGUCCCCUCCAGCCAGCAAGCAUCCCUACGCGAGACAGCUCACAGUUGCAUUGAGCGUGUGCGUGCGUGUGUGUGUGUGUAGUAAGUGGACAUUAUUAUCAUCGGUGAUCAUGACAAUUAGAAACACUCUGCGGGAUCACGGGCAGAGGUAUCGACCACGGAUGGCGUGUCUGAAAAAGGCGGAAAAGGUAUUGCUGGAGAUGCAGGAUCCCAAAUCGGGAUUGAAGUCUCAGCCACAACGACUUGUCAUCACCACAAUACCGCAUGCCAUUACCGGCGAAGACAUUGUUGCUUGGCUGGCAGACAGAUUCCAAAUAGACACAAGAGAGGCCAGGUGUUUGGGCUCCAUGCUGGUGGCGCUGGGCUUCGUGUACCCUCUGCAGGACCACAAACGCUUGCUGCUCAAGCCCGAUGCGUCGCUCUAUCGCUUUCAGACGCCGUACUUCUGGCCCGCCCAGCAGUGGCCCGUGGAGGACACAGAUUACGCAAUCUACCUGGCCAAGAGGAACAUACGCAAAAAGGGAAUCCUGGAGAUGCACGAGCAGGAGCAGUACAACCGCCUUCAUAAGUGGAUGAAUCACAAGUGGGACUUCAUCGUGAUGCAGGCGAAAGAGCAGUACAGGGCCGCUAAGGAGAGGAAGAAACCAGACCGUGUGGUGUUUGACUGUCAGGAGAGGGCUUACUGGGUGGUCCACAGACCCCCGCCAGGCACCGUGAGUGCCAUGGACUACGGACUCGACCGGCGAAUCGAUCCAAACGCAGACGAGGCCUUUCUCACCGCUCUCUUUCUCCUAAAGUGGUCGUCUUCCACACGCGUCUUACCUAUAGUUUGUUAUUAUCUGUGCCGUCACAUUCAGUGUUUUUUCUUCUCGCAGGCAAAAACGCCCGACUACUACGAGAGAAUUAUGAUCUUCACCCAGCAGUCCAUCAUGAGGCCCAGGGUCAAGUCGUCCGUAUCCAUCAGCGCGUUGGUGAAAUAUAGCGCCACUUACAACAACCACGACCCGUUCCUCUCCAAAUGUCUUCCCAGCAACCCCUGGCACACCGACGACAUCACAUAUUGGACCUUGAACAUGCCCAAUGUAGAAACGCCGACCAAGAUGCGUGUGGAGCGCUGGACGUUCAGCUUUGGCGAGCUGCUCUCGGACCCCCGUGGCCGCGACGACUUCAGGCGCUUUCUGAAAAAAGAGUUCAGCGGUGAAAACUUGGCAUUCUGGGAAGGCUGUGAGGAUUUAAAGUGGGGCACGGCAGCGACGAUGCAGGAGAAGGCAGAGCAGAUCUACAAGACGUUCCUGGCCCGCGGUGCCCCGCGGUGGAUCAACAUCGACGGGAAGACGAUGGAGAUCACGGUGAACGGCCUGAAGCAUCCGCACAGAUACGUGAUGGACGCCGCCCAGACCCACAUCUACAUGCUCAUGAAGAAAGACUCGUACGGCCGCUACAUGAAAUCGCAGGUUUUCAAGGACACGUUGAAAAAGGCCAACUGCCCCGAGGAACACAAGUUCACCGACGCCCAGUUGGAGCAGAAUGCCAAGAGCCGGCGGCCCAGCCUCAGUCCCAUCGUGCUCCGGCAGCAGGAGCUGGAGGAGCGCGCCAAGAUGGCCACCAACACGCCCGUCGACAUCACGCAGCUAUGCCGCUUCACCACCCCGGUGCCCCACCUGGCCGUGUACUCCGGCCUCACCGAUUCCCCCUUCCCCAACGCCUCGCCCUCCCUCGCCAUCCUUGCUCCGUGCCCGUCGCCAGUCAGCGUAGCCCCGGACAGCACCUCCGGCUCUGAGCGGCGGGCGGAAACCGGUGUAGAGGCGGAGCGGGGCGGCGAGACGGUCCAAGUCCCCGGCCAGACGUGCAAGUCGCGGGUGGCGCUCUCCCUUCGGCGGUUGCUGAGGCGAGGCUGCGGCGUGGGCGGCGGCCCCUCCGCCGUCUUCGCCAGCCUGUCGCCCAAGUGCCACGCUGCUGCCGGGGCCAGCGGGCGCAUCCAGCCAAUCAGUCCGGACGCCUCCAACCAGGCCCCGCCCAGGAAGCUUGGCAACUUUUUUCAGAUCAAGGUGGACAUCCCUCCGGAAUGUCGGAUCUACCCCAUCGAGUCUGAGGACGAGGAAGAGGACACUCGAGGCGCCUCCCAGGGAUCUUUGGGGGCCAAGGAGAUCAUCUGCCCUUGGGAGAGCCUCACCCCUCACAAUGGGACUGGCUAAAAACAAAAACAAAAGGUACUGAAGGUUUUUUUUCUGAGCUUUCUUCACAACAUUCCACCUUAAAUAUGAUCAAAUGUGCCCUCUAAUGUCUGCUGUUUGAAUGUCUGAAAAAUUGUAGCGUUCCCAUUCCAACCUAAUUCUGAGUAGCCCUAGUGCAGCCUUAUUGAUUAGUAUACGCCUUAUUUAGUUUUUGCCUUACACCGACUAAUAAUGUCAGUAAACAAAAACAAAAAGAAGAAGGGGAAAAUACAAUUAUAAAACGCCAAAGACAACAUUUGGACUGAGCCCUUUGCUUUUAACUUUAGCCUUCAUGUUUUUAAUAUAUUUCCUGUCCAAUGAAAAACAUUUCUAUUUUGUGAGUUUUUACUUUUUGUAACUAAGAUGAUUAAAUAAAAUAAAUACAAAAAUGUAAGUAAUUUUUGUGAGGGGUUUGGAUAAUAACUAAAAAAAUGUGGAGGUACAGUGUUCCACUGCCAUAUUGUGCUUUUUUGUUCAGGCCCCCCUAUAUAUUGCCAAUUUUUAAGCGAUCGUUUUUGUUUUUUUAAAUGGGAUUUUACAGUAUACUUACUUACUGUAAUGCCCUCGCAUGUGGGAAAGGACAGCCACAGUCACUGAUGUGCUUUUCAGUCAGUGAGAGCAGUAAAACAGAAGCACACUCGUGCAGAAGCUGCUGUCGUCCACAGCUCUCCCCAGACGUUCACACGCAGACUUGCGGACGUCGUAGGCCAACAGGCCCCGCUUCUUAAAGGCACGUGCAUGUAUCUAAUUAUAGACAUCACAAUAUGCACAGUAUUUUCCUUACAGUUAGUUUUUUUGUGUUUAGAUACAUUUAGGAUAUGUUUAGAAAGUGUUUCAUUGAAAUUUCAAUGUUCUUAAAGUAUGUGGGAGGGGUAAAACUAUUACAGUUGUUUUUAUAUGGCCUCCCAAUAUUGCAGAUUUUCACCUAUUGUGGGUGGGUCUGGAACAUAUCCACCGCAAUAAAUGGAGGUUCACUGUACAUGUUUUUCAAUGGACGUAGUCUAUACAUGCAGCAUUGAGACGGUUUCUUGUGUAUGUCGUGAAGUAAUUUUAGCAAAACCUAGUUUUGUAUGCGAUGCUGUUUUUGUACCGUAGCAAUGUUUCGGUGCUCAGCGUGAGCGACGCUUAUCAUAACAUGUUUACAGAUUGAAGAAUGUGAAAUGUUAUUUUUAAAUGGCGUGGUGUUGGACGGGUACAUUCUGCAGCUUGUGUCAAGUGCCUCAAUGAUGAGUACAUAAAUAAAUAAAUAACUUGUGUCUUAAGGUGA